CUCUCUCGCUCUCUCUCUCUCAGCCCCAUCAGGCCCAGGCGUCUACGGGUCACUUUGUGACGGUGUCGGGCCUCCAGCCGUCCUCCACCUACAACUGCACCGUCACCACCUACAGCUACAGCACCGCCAGCAAGCCCGCCUACAUCAUUGUCAGCACCGUCGCUAAGGAGAUGAACCCUGGGGUGGCGGCCGUCUCGGCCCUGGCCGUCCUCAGCGUGCUCCUGGUCAGCCUGCUGGUCCUCUUCCUCCUGGUGCUCCGCAAGAAGCACCUCCAGAUGACCCGGGAGUGCGGUGCUGAGACUUUUGUCAAUUUUGCUUCCUUUGAGCGAGACGGCAAGCUUCCAUACAACUGGCGAAGAAGUCUCUUUGCCUUCCUCACACUUCUGCCAUCCUGCCUUUGGACUGACUAUCUCUUGGCUUUUUAUAUUAAUCCGUGGAGCAAGACGGCUUUGAAGAAACGGAAGCUAACAAGCCCGGUCCAGCUGGAUGACUUUGAGGCCUACCUCAAAGACAUGAGCAAAGACACGGCCUACAAGUUCUCCCUGCAGUUUGAGGAACUGAAGACUGUGGGGCUGGACCUGUCACAUGACGCAGCCGACCUGCCAAUCAACCGGCCCAAGAACCGCUACACCAACAUCCUGCCAUAUGAUUUCAGCCGCGUCAAGCUGAUGUCCCUGCUCAGCGAUGAGGGAGCCGACUACAUCAAUGCCAACUACAUCCCCGGCUACAAGUCCCCCAGGGAGUACAUCGCCACCCAGGGCCCGCUCCCGGAGACCAGGAACGACUUCUGGAAGAUGGUCCUCCAGCAGAAGAGCCAGCUCAUCGUGAUGCUCACGCAGUGCAACGAGCGUCGCCGGGUGAAAUGCGAUCACUACUGGCCCUUCACAGACGAGCCGGUGAUGUACGGCGAGGUCAGCGUGGAGAUGCUCACCGAGAUCGAGUUCCCGGAUUGGACCAUCCGCAACUUCCGGCUGGGCUACGCCGACGAGAGCCAAGACGUUCUGCACCUCAACUACACGUCCUGGCCGGACCACGGCGUGCCCACGGUCAACGCCAUCGAGAGCAUCCUGAGUUUCGUCGAGAUCGUCCGCCAUCAGGCCGACCAGUCCAAGGAGUCCGUGGUGGUGCACUGCAGUGCGGGCGUCGGGCGGACCGGGACCUUCAUGGCCCUGGACCGUCUCAUGCAGCACCUCCGGGAGCACGAGUACGCCGACGUCCUGGGCAUGGUGUCUGAGAUGCGCUCCCACCGCCUCUCCAUGGUCCAGACCGAGGAGCAGUACGUCUUCAUCCACCAGUGUGUGCCGCUCAUGUGGAAGCAGAAGAAGCAGCAGUCCAUCACCGGCGACGUCAUCUACGAGAACGUCAGCAAGACAUAGUGUCGCUCCCCCUCCCAGGGCACGGACAGACGACCCUCCACCACCACCUCCUCCUCCUCCUCCUCUGCUUCCAGCUCCUCCUCCUGAGCUUCAUCACCGCGCCUACAAUGUAAAACUCUGCGGCCGCGUCCGAGCGGAGACAUCGGCGACAUAAAGGCAUCCGGGAAAAAACAACCACAAAAACAUAUUUAUAGUGUUGAUGUUGAACGCAUGGGACGGUACUAAUGCCUUAACGCCGCCGCCGCCGCCGCCAGACUCGUCACCAGCCGCCGACCCGACCCCUGACCCCUGACCCCAUUAGUGGACUCUCUCAUAUUGAGAGGGGUCGAGGGGUACACCCUGGGGUGGGGUGGGACGUCAUGUGACCACGGCGACGCGGUCCGGAGUGAAUGUCAAAGCAGAUGUCCGGGAGAGAGAGGGGAGGGGGGGGGGGGGGGGGGGAGGCGUGUCCGGGUCCGAACUCCAGAACUGGGGCACCGGGGUUAGCGUUUAGCGUUUUGUUCGUGUCGUAUUUUUUUUUGUUGUCGUGUCACAUCUCAGGAGUAACCGAAAGAAGACAAGCACACCGGUCGGUUUGGAUUAACGAUACUUUACCCCCCCCCCCCCCAGCCCACCGGUGAACAACGUUUAAGUCACGAAAGACGACACUAGUGCUUGCUACUUCGUUUUUCCCUCGGACGUCUCAUCUGUGUUUUAUUUUUUUUAUUUUUCCAUUGUAUUCUGACCUCUUGUGUCAGCGACUGCAACUUGCAGAGUUCAGCCGGCGAAGCAGUAGUCCUCAUACACACACAGAGAGACACGUACGCUUACAAGCUAGCCGGCCAGCGACCCAGCCGCCCAGCUCUCCUGCCGUUCCGCUCCAGGCGGUGUAUUCGACCGGCAGCCGCCGUCGCCACGAGCAGCGACACUGCCAUCCCGCCGCUGGACCCGGGACCAAACACCCCUGACCUCCGCCCAAACCCUUACAACGGCGGCCGGGGGUUGGGGUGAAUCGGCCAGGGAGUUCAACGUUCCACUCUACAACGCACAUCUAGGAACACAAACAAGGCACAAACCCGAUACAGGAAGGAAUCCCGUUUUAACCCCGGCUCCCAACGCCAUCAGCUCAAAUUGCCAACAACUCCGACCAAGAGCUGGCCGGCCGAUGCGGACGCCGCGGAGACUGUGGUCGUACAGACUGUGGUCGUACAGACUGUGGUCGUACAGACUGUGGUCGUACAGACUGUGGUCGUACAGACUGUGGUCGUACAGACUGUGGUCGUACAGACUGUGGUCGUACAGACUGUGGUCGUACAGACUGUGGUCGUACAGACUGUGGUCGUUCAGACUGUGGUUUGCUCUAAGAGAUUGUGGCGGUGGGGUUUCGGCGGCUGUGUGUUUCUGUGGAAAGCUACGACUACUGUGCAGAAACGUCUAACAUCACCGGACCUUCGUGGUGACCGGUUUGUCUCUCGGAUGUCGCAGAAGCCCUGCGGUGUGGACGGACGGAGGCGGACAGACGGACGUUUCUCUGUGAAGUCGUUCGGACGCCCGUGUUUACGCAGGGUGUUUCCAUGGCGGCUCUGUGUUUGUCACGAGGGAUACGGGGGCGUUUCUAUUUUUUAUGAACUGUGGAGGUAGGAGCGAAGAGGAAGAAAAGUCGCCCGGUCAGAUGAAAGUACCUCGUUCUGUGAGCUACCCGGGGGGACUGCACGGUACUUUGCCAAUGUUGUAGGACAUGGAUCCCCAGGCCUUCACUUGGACUCUAAACACCACUGAUUACGACUCCCAUGUAAAUGUUGCUUCUGUUAAAGCUCCCAAGUGGAGAGCGAUGGUUGUGUUUUUGUAAUUCUUUAUCCCAACUGUAAUCGGAGACUUUACCACUAACCACUUUAAAGACCUUAUAUCGGCCUUCUUCGAUCAUAUCUUACGCAAAAGGAAAUGGCGAAAGUGUCACUCCCUCAAAAUGAAAAGCAUAUCUCAUUCUCGCCUACAUUACUGUACAGAGGUGUACAGCAGAAACCCCGUCCUUCGAGAGAUAUCGUCAUAUCGUUUUUCAGUGACAACACCGGAACAGUUCACGAAAUGCCAGUGAGAAAGAUAAAACUGAAUCGGCAACGCCAACAUCCAUGUACGCUUCGACAAAAAAACGUCAAAGCAAGCACCUUUUACCCUCUGCAGAGUUACAAGCCAAUCAGCAUAUUGCAAGGUAUCGUCAAAUUAACCAGGCAACAUCGAAUGCUGUCCCCCACCCCCCCAAGCUAGUGCUAAUGUUGCUAAUGCUAAUGUUGUUAACAAUAAAAACGAUGGAAACAGUGCCUUCUCAGGCACCUCCUUGGUAUGAAGCUAAAAUAUAUAUCGUAAUGUACUAACAUCUCUCAGAGGUCUUUCUUCUUUCGUGUCAAUAUUGGACUGGAUCCAUUGUCACCGACUGCCGUUGUCGACUUUUAUCAAGGAAGAUGAACGUUAGCAUGGGUGAGAAGGACCACAAGGCCCCUGAAGGACCACGGAGUCCUACCACUGGGCCCCCCCUAAACUCUCCCCGACGAGGGGAUGCUACAGGGGCCGGGGCGGGUCCUCCAUGAAGAGCCCCGGACGUUGUGGUUGACCUACAAGUCUGCGGGGCCACUGGCCGUUCUGCCUCUCCCUGAUGUUUUCACGUCGGCUCUCGGAGGUCGGAGGUCAAAUCUCAGGGGGGCUGCCCCCCUCCCCCCCCCCCACACACACACACACACACACUUUCUAACACAUUAGAUAACAUUUACACCAUUAGCUAUCAACUGUACUGUACAUACUACUGUUUUAACCAUCGCGUUUCUACAUUAUUACAAAGUAAUUCUUGUGGAGACCACUUUGUCGCUUCUCGAAGCCUCGUUUUACUUUUUAAUUUUUAAAUGGUUGUACAUGUGAAUCAGCAUUACCUGAGCCAAAAAAAAGUAUGGGUUUUUUUCUGCUCAUUGACUACAAUGCGCUUGUUUUUUUUUGUUUCGUUUUUUCGCGCAAAUGUUGACAUGAAAUCGUUGGUACAUUUGGAGAGCUGACCCGGUACCUUCUCUGGUUUGGGUACAGAAACACACACCACCGCGCGGACGUGAAUGACCUCGCGGUGGCCAGCGAACGCACUUUGUAAUGCUGUAAACGGGCGGGAAGGGAAGGCUGUGUUUUUUGGUUUCUUCCCCGAUACCUUGGCACUGUACACUCUUUCAACUGUUUUUCUCUUGCUCAGUUGUGUGUCGAGUCGAAAAUUGUAUGUUAUUGGUGCCAUUAUUGUGCAUUGUGUCACUUAAAUUAUAGGGAUCUCCGACCUUGCGUCAUUGUCACAGAGAUUCGAUUUAUGUGUGUGGAAAAAUAAAAGUACAAAAAAAAAACUUC